CCAUGUCCAAGCAGGCUGCACUUGUUCGUGUUCUGGCCAAAUUGACCCUGGCCUGCUUGGUUUCUCUGGUAUCCAGCGAGCUGGAAAUCGAUUUACAGCGGAUCGAACAAAAUUACGGCGAACAUUUGGUGGAUGCCCGGGAGUUGCGUGUCCGGAAGAUCAAUCGAACAAGCCACGCGUUGAAUGGGACUGUGCGAGUUGCUGUUGAUUUGGAUAAUGAAUUUAGGGUUUCGCUCAGUUUGGCCCACAGCCGACUCGGAAACAACCAGUUCAAUAUCUACCCAAUGAAGAUUCCGGAGCAGGCAAGUUGUGUUCUUAUGAACGGUUCCUACCGCGAGUACCAGUCGCUGCUGCUGGACCACUCCAAUAUGCCACAGGUUCCGCCGGAGGGCAUGUGUCCGUUCCGCAAGGGAACCUACUGGUUCAAGGAUGCCAUCUUUUCGUCGACCUACUUUCCACCGUACGUUCCGGAGGGUUACUGGCGGUUCACGUUUGAAUAUCUUGGUCCCAUCGUGAACAACGCGAGUUUCAGCUUGUACGCCCAGAUGAAGAACACAAAUAUCUGGUCUUAA